GCCGGCUCUUUUGCCGCGACUACAACUGUUUUGGCGGGCUCUUAGUAUUAUUUCUAAACGUAGCUAGUAUAUGUGCGUUGUCAGGAUCGGCCGAAGGCUUCUCCUUUGUGACUUGCUAUCCACACGUUAAUUACUUGUAGCAGUAGUGAGGAACACAUGGAAGUCUUCAUGGAUCAUUCCAACCGCUCGUCAAACUCUGUUAACCAUCAAACAAAGAAAGAACGCAGUGUGCAUGGGAAACCGGAGUGGCAGAAAAGUGCAAUCAGAACUUGUGGGUACUGGUCAGAGCAGUUAAGCUCCAAAGGCAAGAUAUACUUUUACAACUGCAUGACUGAAGUUUCUCAAUGGCAAAAGCCUCCUGAGUGGGAUUUACCUGAAAUGAACAGGAGAGACCUACUUAAGUUGCUCAGUGAGCGUAAACACACUGAAGAAAACAAUUUGAAAAGAUCACAUAGUAUCUCCGAAAGUGAACCUGGUACAAUUAAAGAUGAGCGCCCACAUCUAUCUAAUGAAUUGAAACGCACAAAGUAUUCGGUUAAUGCGGAGAUUCGGCGUCCAGGUUCAUCACAUCUUGGCACUAAUAUAUCCAACCAUACCGCUGAUGUAGGUCAUACCACAGGAAUUUCCCACAAUGACGGAAAAAACCAUGUUAGCCGUCCUGUGGCUCAUGAUUGUCGGUACGAUCCAUUAAGGAAAACAAAGCUAAAUCAUCUCCCACCCAGGACCUUCACAACAGAUGAUAUGGAAAUAUCUCCAAAUAGCUCCCCAUUGUCAGAUGGGAGCUCUACAAAAUUCCCGCCUAAUAGACAGUUCUCUCCCCAGAAGUCCAAUAUGAGCUUUUGUUCACCAGGUACCCUCAGCUUACAGCGUCCCAGGGACUGCAAAUCUAAAGCAGCAGUAGUCCCGUGCCGUGAAAUUGGCCAGAAACCAGAAAAAUCUACAUUGUAUCAAUUAGUGGAUGCUAUCCGAGCUUCCAUAGGGGAUUUGCUCGAACAGCCACCCAAAUCCUUGUCCUGCGCCUCUGAAAAACCUAUCAAUGGUUCAGUUUAUGAAUCAUGCAAAGCGUCAGUUCCUUCAGAAAACAGUCAGAUGACCACUAACCAGCUUUCUCCAAAUAUUAUCUCAAAAAGAUAUAAGCAAUCCGAUAUCCAUCUCGAUGGCCGAAUAUGUUCGCCCACAGUCUUGAAUUCCAGGCAACUGACAAAAAUGGACAGUCCUGCUGCAUAUCCCAGUUCAGUCAAUGUUGAGUCUCGGAAUUGUAGUGUAAAUAAAGGCUCCUCAUAUGAUCAUGGUCAGGGUUACACAACUGGUAGUAAGGUAAGUUGUUAUUACUAUCCUUUUUCAACAUGUAUGUGCAUUAAAGUAACGCGCUUGUCCUGAGUUUUACUAAGCUUGUUUUGUUAUGAGAAAAUGUGAUUUUAACAACAAGACUCGUGUUGUAUCAGUCGGUUUGUAGACUCAUGUUAUUUCCUAGGAUUUGAGUCAAGGAUUUUUCAGCAAUAUCAGAAAGACAGACGGGGUGAAACUAUCGGAGUCAGAAUUUGUUAAUGAGAAUAUUGUAUUGUGCUGUGAUUUUCGGAAAUAACUUCAAUACAAACAUCGCUUUCACGGUGGAUUGUAAUUUAGAAGGAAUUUUUGAGACCUAAUUUCUUUAGUUGUGUAUGACAUGCUGCAGCAAGUACAAAAGCCGUCUGUCACUUAGCACGUUGACUGGACCACAACAUUUCCGCUUACAAUAAGCAGCUAGUUGACGAAAUGAUCAAUAUUAGUUGUGAAAUAAAGCUUGAUACAAAUUUAUUUUCAUUCAAGUUAUCACAAUUCAUUUCAGCAGUAGCGACAGAAAUAAUCCUACCAGGACUGUUAAUAGCUAUACUCAGUACCGAGGAUACUAAUAAGUCUUGAGAACAAAAAUUUUUUAGCAUACUUUCAACCCUCUUCCAACUCACUAACUCCAGAUUAAAUAGUACUCUGAUGUAGGUGAUAACAUACAUCUGUUCAUAGUGUUCAUAGUUUUUAAGAAAAACCUUAUGGUCACAGUUGGUUGCUUUGGCUACCACUUGGAAGGCUCACUAGACUUGCUGGUCUGUUGUUUGAAGGCAUCUCGACAUAAAUUUAGAAAAAAAUUGCUUGGUUUUUUCCAGCUUCAAUUACUUGUGGCAUAGAUCAGAUAUCUGUCUGCCAAACAAAGGACAGGUUUGCCUUAACAAUUCGUUCUGUUCCAUUUUAUGGCUUUGAGAAAAGAUAUUCCUAGGUUACUGGUCCUUUUGAAAGAUUGCUCGCAUGUACUGAGACAUCUAUUUAUUUGAACACAAAUAUUAGUAAAAAGAGGCGCCAAAUAAAUAUGCACCACACAAGUCACUCGACUUGUGUGAAGACUGGGAUACUGCUCGAACACCCAAACUGAAACAGGUGGUUCCCUUAGGGGCCACACCCCGAGCCUUUGACCUACAGGUCCAAUGCACAAGACAGUGGAGCAACGUUGGGAGAUGCAGUCCCAUAGUAGCCGGUGACCAACAAUAGGUUCAUACGCCGUUUGUUCGCUCAGGAUUCUAGAGCCCAUGUGCACUAUUGGCUUGGAACCAUGGUUUUCCAACUCCCCUAGGUGGAUCCUCCGUAUCCACCAACCUGGUUAGAGCGUCGGACAUUCGCGUUUUGUUCUCUCAAUUUCGUAAACAUUACCCUUGCCUUGAGAAGGAAGUGAGCAGUACUUCCUUGUCAGAGGUUGUAUACGCGUGGCCAUAUGAGAGCAUUUCGAGAGGGAUAGUUGACUCUAAACACCUUCGGCCGGACCAGGGCAUUUAAGGGUAUAUAUUGAGACUACAGAGUGAGUAUUACUAAGGUUAGAUGUAGGAUAACUGUUAAAUGUGACAGGUUGAUAUGUUUGUGUGUCUUCAUUGAUCAAGUGGGUUUAAGCAUUUAUUGCUUAUGCCUGAUCACAACCUUCCUCGACGGAAAUAUCAGUUGAUGCAAUAGUAGCUUGGAAAGUAUCGAGAGACCGCCAGACCGAAACGUCACAUUAGUUUGUGGAGUCACCGACUGUUGUAUUGAACGAUGUUUUCAUUCAAACACGAUUGUAGUCCGCUCGUUUAUCACAACGAAAAUGUAUGGUGAGUCGAAAUGGGUCCCAGCGAUUCGGAUGCAGUUACUGUUUUUCAUCCCUUAGAUAAUAAAUUCUGAAAUUAUUAUAUGCGCUUUAAUUGGUGAGCUCAUUUUUAGUCUUAUUGUCUAUGCUUAAUAUUUCCUAUCAUCAUCGACAUUGUUACUACUGCUAGUCUGAUACUUGUCUUGCUGACUGCUGAUAUCGUGUCACCAUAUGAACUAAUAUACAUAUUUGCAAGGUUCUGCGUUUAUAAUUGUUUUUUGAGUGUCACUAGUCACUUAUGUGGCUCAAAGCUAUGUCUAUAUAUAUCAAUUGAUUUCAGAGAUGGGCAGUCGUACAAAACUUUUCGAAUAAUCGAUGAAAGACUAGAGAGGCAAUCAAACGUCAGUAGGCACACUUCAGUCCCGAAAAUUAAAAAUGGGAGAUGAUUUAGUUAAUCUACCAUCAAUCUAUUCUUAAGUUUGUGAUUUUUCAGGUUUCCUGUUUUUCAGCUCCUACCACGUUUCAGGGAACCAAAUAAACCAGGAUAUCAAGAACUACUGAAUUGAUCCUUCUGGUAGUCACCGGAACCUGUCCUCUGUAAACUAAAGUAGUGAGUGACCGAUGCUAGGUGAUUACUAUUUCAACUCCCGAAUUCAAAUAUUCCAGUUGUUCAAAUUAAUGAGUGGAUAAAACAAAAAUAAAUGUUGUAAUAGAGUAUAAAUUCAUUUAUUUCUUGGUUUUUCGUCAUUUGUUUACAAUUUAAAUAUUAUAGAAGUUAAGAGAUACUUCAAAAAAAACAAAUAAAUUGUCAGUAUGAACCCAGACGUCAAGGAUGCAGGUUAUCAUAUCUGUAAGCAUGAUUUACCAGAAAUGCUCAAACCUGUUUUUUAUCAUACCAGGAGUGUUGUUAUUAUAACGUAACUUUUAACAUCAAUUUUACAGAGACCUGUUUUCUAAUAAAGUCGUAUCAUGCUCAUAUGGCGGUGCAAUGAAUCAGCUGCGUUCACCCUUUGUCUUCUAGAAUCUAGACUUCUACAAUCCUCAAAUUCUUCUCUAUCGUUUCACUAAUUCAUUUUCCCCGUCGGAUUACAUCUUCGAUAUGUGGUUUCUAUUAUCAUUAAUCAUGUUACCACAUAUACUACUCUGAGAUUUGCCUUAAUAAUUUCGUUUCACUUUGCUAAUGGGGUGUGUUAACCUGAACUGAUGUCAGGUUCUACGCUAGGUUCGACUGACUGAUAUAUUUUACUGUCUUCAUGAAUGUUCAAAAACUGCUAAAUGGAAAAUUAUCCACAGUUGCUUAUGAUCCUUGCAUGAAUUUUCGUCACUAAAAUUACUUUCCAAGCUCCGUAUUUGUGGCAAUCGUUACGUCAUAUGCCUUUUAUCAUUGUGGCGCCUCCACAAUGCCACUUACUGAUAUCGUUUCAAUGGUUUAUACCAAAAAGUUUAAUUUAUUUGGUUAGGUUUUCCUUAUGAUUUGCCCUCAUUCACAUAUUUGUGGUCAAAUUUUGGUCAUUAUAUGUAAUUAAAAGCCUUGCGAUUAACAAGCAAAAGUUGAUAGUUUAUGUGAAUUUGCUAGAGUCGAUUUUUAAAGUGAUACUUAGAACAAACGGCAAACUAUCUUAAUUUCAUGUAACAUAUACUCCAAAACAGAAUAAUCUGAAGUCUUAUUGGCGACUUUGUCAACAGUAAUUGUGACAUUAUAUUCAGUCUGAUAACUGAAUGCUAGUUCCAAUGUUUGUCAACCGUCAAAAACCGUAGAACUAGCCGUGCGACAAUUGUAUAGCUCGAUUUACGUUAUCUUUUAUCGUCUGGCUUUGUUUUCUCAGAUACUAUAUUCGAUGGGCGAUCCAAGACGCACAGUAAGCUCUAGUCACAGUCCAGCAUAUCCCAAUCCCGUCACUUCUCAGGGCGAAAACCAUCGUUUCCCUUAUAACGCAACUCAUCCUGUUUGCUGUAGUGUUUCGCAUCAGAAUAGUCCAGCUGUGAUUUGCAGUCCACAUAAUCCAAAUAAUACCACCACAUCUGUUUCCAGUGCAUCACAUCAAACUUGUGUCUCUCUAUCUCAUUAUGAUUUGUCGUCACGUCAAGUUGACAAGAUCAUCGAAAUUUUGGCUGAACAAGCUCACUGUCAAAGUACAACUGAGGAACACAAUCUCAACAGAAAUGUGUCACUUAGCUCUAGCAGAUUACCAGAAAAUCUAAAAGGAUCCACGUCACCUGGACAUGCCACUCGAGCACCCAUUUCACAAACCCUUCAAACCAACCUUUCAUUGAACAGAGAUUCCGUAAAUCCUAACACUCGAUCACAACAUACCCAGUUAAAUGAUCUUGUACAGGUUUUGAAAGCAGCUCUGCAUCACCAUACUUCCAACCAUAUGUCUGGAGAUCCUGCAACAUCCGUACAGUCCAAUAAUCGUCUCAAUACUUGUCCAGAUUCAGAUCUUCCUGUCAAUAAAAAAGGUCUUGAGAACAAAGAUAACAUCUCUACGACAACUCAUGUUAGCCCUACCUUUCCAUUACAGAGCGGGGUGUUACGAACUAGCGCUUCCAAUCGAUUGAAUACCGAUUCAUUUCUGUCCAAUAAAGGCAAUCCCGGACUAGACACAUCAGCAUCCCCUGUACCUGCUUGUAAUUUUUCAAAUGUUAGCAAAUCCGCUAAUACAACUGGACAUACACCAGACGUCGUCAAAAAGGAGAUUGCAAAUUUACCAAGUCCUACUUCUGUUUCCCCAUCAGUUCGUUCAAUUCAUUCUACCGCUAUGGCAGUUGACGUCACAACUAAAAGAGGUUUCUCACCUGUUGCACUGUCGGAAAGUGGGUCUAGAUCAGAGAAGUUUACGGAUACUCUAAACAGCUUCGAGAUGAAGUCUUUUUUUGAUCCCAUAUUUAUUUCUAAAUAUCAAGAUGAUACUUUACAACGUCUUGAACAAGAAGCUCAAAUUGAGUCGAAAAAUUUCGAUCGACUACAGAGCGUUCUUUAUGGGGAGCUGUCAGCUGAAUCCAAAAAGUUGCGCGCGUUAGUUCGAAUAAGUGAAGCAAAACUCGCAAUUCAUAAAGAGAAACAAACAUCAUUGCAAGAGCUAAUGGACGCGAUUGAAGUGCGAAAACAUCUACCUAAUCUGUCUUUCGUAGAUGAUGUAUUGUAGAUAAUUCGAACUUCUGUUACAUACCUUCCUCGUGUGAUAAUGUUGGUUAUCCUGGACCCUGUUCAACUUGCCCCACUUGAUGGUGGCUGUUCUAUCACAGUAUUUCCCAAGUCUCGAUAACUGGACCUUCAUUUUGCAUUCUACCUAAACACCAUGAUCUUCUUUAUUUCCUUAAAACUGGCUAUCAAUCCUUAUUCUAUUUUCUUAUAGCUCUCUUCAAUCCAUUGUGUAUUAAUGAUCAACAUUUUUUUAAAUAAAUCUGCGUGUAACAUGGAACACAGUGAAAUGAGAUUCAUCUGCGAACAAUCGACUAUUACCUUGGAUAUAAAAAUACCUGGUUCUUUGUUACCAAACGGAAGGCAACUAAUAUCGGAUCCUCCGCAGAUAGCUAAACCCAAAGGUCCACCAUCAUUUCGAACCGUAAUUCUUUCCACAGGAAUACCCUUUUCACUAUAUAAGUAAACCCGAGAAUCACAUUUCUCAGAAAUAUGACUGUCUGUAUUUGUCAAAUCUGUAGCCUUCGUAGUAUUUUGUUGAUUAUUCGAUCUUUUAACUGUCAGAAUUGGUGAUGACGUUAUAAAACCGUUAGCUG